AUGAGCACGGUUAGCGAUAUAUUGAAAAAACCACAAUUUACCAGAUCUACACCGUUAGAUGAGUUCUUCAAAAAGUUUGAUAGUCAAGUUUUGUCCAAAAAGGGGGAUUUGAAAAAUGAUAACACUAAUUUAGUUACGUUGCUGCUGAAUCAUUUCCAAGAGUUACAUGAUUUAGUUAUUGAUGAGCAAGUGAGAUUACAAACUGAAAACAGCAAUAUGCUUCCUAUAUCGCUACAUGAUAUGAGGUACGUGGAGGAACUUAUUCAGCUUAUUGUUGCACAUGGCAUAAUGGCCAAUAUACCUCCAAGUUUGCAACCGGCAUCGCAGAAAUCAAAGGAUAUACCUAGAUCACACAACUUAAGCACUUUGAAAUUGGUCGUUGAAAAGAUAUCUAACAUUCUGGUCAAAGAAAUGAAGCCUAACGAUUAUAUUAGGUCGAUUGUUUUAAAGGGUCCACUUUACACAUACACAUAUUUGGGAAUCCUUACUCUGUGCACCGAAGAGCCCAACAAGGCCCAUUAUGAAGAAGUGCUGCGACAAAUGGAAAAUGUGCAACAGACUUAUGAGUUGUUUGCGAUGUACAAUUUUUUAGUACAAGAAUUGGGUAAUGCUGUGGCUAAAGCUAAGAUCCUCAGCCUAUUGAGCACGUUAGCGGUAAGACGAGAAAACGGUGUAUUGAGUCUGAUAGAUUUUGUAGUAGGCGCUAGGGAGGACGAACAGUUAGAUAUAGAGAAGAUGAAUAGGGUUACUCAAAUCAUAGUGGCCAAACCCAAAACGAUCAACAGUGUAGAGUAUUUCUCACGCCUUUUUCCUCAGAUAUUUGAUGGAUUAUCGAUGGUAAACAGGCCAAUUGUGGUUAAUUGUCUAAACAGUGUGGUAACUGCAUUAUUCUUUAAAAACUCGAGAAUCAUCAACGAUUUUCUUUUCCGUAGAAUUUAUCAAGUGAUAUUCAACGAACCUCUUCAAGAGCACAGCGCUAAAGAACUCAACGAUGUGGUGAACGUAAUCAUUUCAUUAACGAAGAAUUCUUCCAACGAAUUAAUCUCAGCAUUAGUACAAAGUGUGGAUAAAAGGCAGUUUUAUUUGAACCUAUGGAUUUAUGUCCUUUUUUUGAAGAAAUAUCAAAAGAUCAAUCCAUUAGGCAAACAACACGGACCAUACUAUGAAGUCAUUUUAACGAUUUUGAAAACAUUUGUUUGUUUAUUCAAGGAUAGCGAAGCAUUAAUAUACCUGAGCAUGAACCUUUUAAAUUACCAACAUGAACAAUGGGGUUAUCAAAUCGAUUUUGAAACCCAAUUGGCAUACAUCACCUUACGGGACAAUUUACCUGAUUUAAACUUGAAACAGGAAAAGGGUGAUAAUCCUUUAACUAAAGCCAAUGAACUAUUUGCCGGCAUUGAUGAAUCAAUCGAUCUUUUCAUUCAACUCCUGAAAAUGGUUAACAACGAAAAUAUGGUAAAAGAUGUGUUUUUAGCCGUCUUGAACAGAUGGGUAAAAACUGAGCAGCAUAACGACAAUUCUUUAAAAGAAGUUGAAUCCAAUGCACUUGUGCUAUUGGAUCUAAAGGCUUUGGAAAAAUUACACAGGGAAUUCUCCACAGAUAUUUUAAAGAAACCGCAGGAUAUACUAAAACUGAUUGAUGAGUUGAUAGACUUUACUUCUUCAGAACCAUUAAUGCAACAAGAUUCAGAUGAUAAAGAUUCAGACGAUGAAGAGGAAAGAGAAGCACAACAGCCUGAUUCUCUUUCCCUUAUCAUUCAAAUACUCGAAAGCGUUCUUUCCAUGCCUCCGAAACAACUGGCGGAUGCCAAACCACUUCUCCAAAGCAUCGAUAAUAAAUUACAAAAGAGAGGAAAUUCGGCUUUACAUAAGGAUCUGCUAAGGAUGCUCGAAUAUAAACCGGGACAAACUUCUCCUGAUGCUUCCAACGACGCUAACGAUUAUGAGGCACUGGAAGAAGCGCUUAACAAUCUGAACGAUUCAUUGGCACCUAUGCAAGUUUUGGGACUCACACAAUUGAAUAAAUUAGUACAGAAACAUUCCAAGGUAAUCUCGGCGGCAAGGGCAACCCAAUUACACCUCCAGUAUCUGAAGAACCAAGACCCCUACGUAUAUCUAAACGCAAUCAAGGGUUUGAGUUCUCUAUGUCAAUACGACAAGACGUGUAUAGACACUUUAGUGGACUGUUACAGUUCCAUACGCAAACUGGAUGAUGCCUUAAAAAUAGGUGAAGUGUUCAUCCAGUAUAUUCAACAGGAAAAUCAAUUGUUCCAAGGAAUACAAGCCAACAAGAUUAUCGAUGCAUGUAUUACAAACGUAAGAAGGCGUGGCGAAAUCGAUGACAGGCUUCGUAUGUCAGCAAUGUCUAUCCUAGGUAUUAGCGCCCAGGUAAACGCCCGUGGUAUUCAAGAUCGUAUCGGAGAUAUGCUAGAUUGUUCCUUUGGUGUCCUCCAGAUGGAGACAAAGACCAAGAGCGGAUUCGUCGUUCGCAGAGCCGCCUUGCACCUAAUACACGAUCUGAUGUAUAACAGCGACGAGAAUGCUGGCGUAUCGUUGUUUCCUCCGCAAUAUGACAGUUCAAGACUAAAGACUCUGCUUGAUUAUACACGGGAAAAAGACGACGACCAGCUAGUAUCUGAGCAAGCAGCGCAGUUGUUGUCCUUGCUAAGUAUAAGCUAG